AUGACGCGCGGCACUCUGGCCAGACAAGUUGCCGUCUCCCUGCUGGCAAGCGCCGUGGCUGUGGCGGCGAUCAUCCGAGGCAAGCAGCUCCUCUCUGAGAAGAAGCGGCGCACUUCACCUCUCUCGUCGAGCAGCCGCCAUGCCAAGGAAGCCAAGGUCGCUGUGGAUCUGGCUUUGAGGUGUGGUGCAGCCAUGCGCCAAUGCUUCCAAAAAAAGGUUCUGUGGAAAGAUGCCUCCAGUAUCGACCCGGUCACUGCCACGGACCGCGACAACGAGAAGCUGGUGGUGGAAGGCCUGAAAUCGGCAUUUCCCUCUCACCAGGUCAUCGGUGAAGAGGCUGCGGCAGCGUUGGGAUCUACCCCCAAGUUGACGGAUGCGCCGACUUGGAUUGUCGAUCCCAUCGAUGGCACCACCAACUUCGUUUACGGCAUCAAGCUGAGCUGUGUCAGCCUUGGCUUAUGCAUCGGACGUCGGCCUGUGGUCGGUGUGGUGUACGACCCUUAUGCUGACGAACUCUUUGUGGCUGCAGAGGGAGAAGGCGCCUACCUCAACGGGCAGAGAAUUCAGGUGGACGAUGCCACAAAGCUGGCACAGGCCAUGGUACUCUUCGAGCUGGGCUACGAGCGGUCGGAGGAGGGCGUGGCCAAGAUGCUCGGAGGACUGCGCUCCUUGAUGCUGGGUGGCGUUCGCGCGACGCGCACGAUCGGUACCGCAGUUCUAUCACUCUGCUGGGUCGCAUGCGGCCGUGCCAGCGCUUACUACACUGGCAUGAGCGGAGAAGGUGGCAAGCCCUGGGACUAUGCUGCAGGGACAGUCAUCGCUCUGGAGGCCGGGGCCAGCUUCUGCAACCUGCAAGGUGCUCCAUUCGAUGUGGAGGGCAGGACGACACAUCUGUGGCAAAGUCCGAUACUUGUACAAAGAAUCAAAAGCCGAAGAUGA